GCUCUCUUCUCUUUCUCUCUUCUUCUUUCUCUUCCAAUUCACCAUCCUCUCUCUUUCAAAAUAACCCGCCCUUUCCCACUGAUACUGUAACACCAUUUCUCUUCAACCUCAGUCAUUUCUCCUGUAUCACAACCCACCAUGAGUGCCAACUUCAACGACCCCGCCGCCAAUGCCCCCGAUGCGGCUGCGUACAAGGGCAAGGGCAAGGCUGAGGACCCUUCGGUCGAGAUGAGCAUGGAUGAAGAGGACAGCGAGGACAGCGAGAACGAAAAUGAAGAGCUGGUUCCUGAAGAGGAAGACGAGGGCCAGGGCAACCUCGAACCUAUCUCCUCCGAAAACAUCAUCCAAGGUGGACGCCGCACACGUGGCAAGAACAUCGACUUCCAGGAAGCGGCUGAGAAGACCAAGAACGACGAGAUGGACGACGACGAUGACGACGAGGACUUUGCGCCUCAGGACAACGACAAUGAAAACGAUGAUGACCAGAUGCGCGAUUAAUUCCACAUUAUGUCGUUAUGAAUUUUUUUUUUUUUUUUUUUUUCCCCCGUUUU